CCAUUGCGCAUACAAAUUGCUUGCAGCACAUCUUACCAGCCUUUCGCUCGACAUAAUUAAAGCUACCAAAUUCCUCCCGAGCUCUAUCACCCGCAGCCAUGUCCGCCAACGUCCUCAGCAACCGUGACACCAACGCGCAGAUGAAGCCGGCCUCGCCGCAAAAGAAGGCAGACAAGCCUGAGCCAAAGAGCCUCGACGCCCAUCGCCAGGAGCUUGCAUCUCGUCUCAAGGAAAAUGACAAGACGCAGCAAUACGUCUCCCCCAGCGACUCGAUCCAAUCGCCGGCUACACAGAAGCUCAGCGCUUUCCGCAACAAGCAAAUCACUAAGAAGUCUAAGCCGCAGACGCUCUUCAAGACCACGAGCUCCAAGAAAAUCGAGUCGGCUAAGGGCACGGCCAUGUUCGCUGAUAUUCCGAAGACAGACCAGAGCACGAACAACGGCGAGGUUCAUGCGGAGGCUUAGGUACUCGCCUCCGUCUCGGUCUAUACGCGCGUCUUGCUCGUCCCUGUGCACGCGCCUAAGACGGGGUUUGGCGAUGGUUAGCGGGUGUCUGUCGAGUUGUGUGCGCGCUGUUGUGGUCUAAUGUGUCGACGGCGACAUUGCAACGCGCCUGCGGGCGUAAUCUUGAUACCCAGGCCCAUGUUGGUCGCAAUGUUUGGUCUUGUCAUAAAGCGGAAUCGGUUUGGAUGGAAGGUCACGAAUUGUUUUGGACCAUUGGAGUUUAAGGAGGGUAGGAAUACGACUUUUGAUGAUCAACUGUAAUACUAGCAGAGCACAUGCUUUUUGAUGAAGAGCGCAAUGAAAUGGGU